UAACUUGCACUUCGCUCAAGUCGUGAAAAAUAUGAAUAUUUAAAUUUGUUAAAUGUAAAUACUUCGAAAUGCAAAGUUUGCGUGUUCAUGAAUUUUAAUUGAGGGGUGUUGAGACAACAAUAUCACAUCAUUUGCAACGCCUUCCUCAACAAUUCAACAACAAUUUUAGCCACCAACAUAAACCAGGGCUGUGGCUUUGGCCCUGGCAGUAUGCAGAAACGAUUAUUGUUGACAGCAGAAGUUGCAUCGAGUCAACAAACUGAUGUGAAUUCGAAUGUCAGUCGGGAGUUGGAGUCGGCAGAAGAGGGCACAAUGUUGCACAUUGCUCCUUCGGCCAUUGAUAAACUGCGCCGUUUUUGCUACCUGGGCAGAAUCAAGCAGCCAGUUUAUGCACCGACAACUUUUGACUUGACUGUGGAAGCCCAUUUUGAGGCACUGCGUGAGCUGUGCGGCAAAGUGAAUGAAAAUGAGCUGAUCGAGUGCCUGAGAGACGUUCUCGAUGCAUCCAAUGAUCAGUACUUGCCCCGACACGAUGAGGCGAUACUCGUCUUGGCCGUUUACCUUUCUACGUGCCCGGAUGAAAAGCAUCGCACACUGGUGCGCGGAUAUUUCGCUGCGCUUGUGCGCACUUCCCAGGAGUUGUUCUUAUUUGUGAAGUUCGUGAAGCAAGUGCAAAAGCUGUUGGACCGGAAAACGCCCUUUAGUCGCACCGUGCGUAAAGCUGUGCUGGAGUGGUAUCAGCAUCAGGCACUGGACAAGCUGCUACAUAUGUGGUCGCUGGGCGAUUGCAACUCGGCCCAGCAUCGCGAACUCCUACAGCGAUGCCACUACAUGAGCGCCAAAUUCGAUGCGGAUAAGAUGGCCGCGUUGCGUGUGGUGUCUGCGCCCAGUAAGGACCUGAUUAACUGGCCCGACUAUCUGGAGCCUCUAGCACAAUGCAAGGAGACGAUUCAAGGCAUUGCCAAUCUGCGCCUAACCCCAAACGCAGAGGCUGCCCUGCCCCUUAUCGAGAAAAUGUCGCUUAGCUACGAGCACUUGCCGCGUCGCCUUGUGUCUGAUCAGAAAGUUGUUAAUCUACUCAUGGCCAAAAUGACCUACGACCAGAUGCUGCAGAGUUGGCCAACAUUCCUCAAGCUCAAUAGGUCGAAUCGCCACGCCCAGACGUGCUUCACUCAGCGUUUCUUCGAUCCCUCAGAGCUGCGUGCAGCCAAUGUCGAGCCACUACGCCUGCUGUUGCAGGAGGCACGCGGAUUCAGCCGCAAAAAAGUGAUUACGAAAGGAGUUGUUUCACCAAGGCCGUCCAGCAUUAUACAGAAGCUGUACAAACAGUCGUUCGGCUUCAACAAACCUUUGGGCUUACGACUUCAUAUAACAAUCAAUCUGGAGAUGGUUUACUUGCGCAAAUAUCUCCUUGGACGCUUUCGCUCGAUCAAGUAUAUCGAUGCCGUACUCGCUAUAGCCUUUGGUUACUUCAAAUGCGACCCUAAAGUAACCGUGCGUAUUUGGUAUGACAAGACUGGAAAGCUGAAAGCGCUGCCAUGGACGCCAGCCAUGUCGGUUGAUGAAGCCAAGGCCACUUGCGAGAGCCAGAAGGUGGUGAAAAUCAAACAGACUCUGAUAGACGUAAUCGACGAUGCGCUGCAGGAUACUGAACAGACGUAUGAUGUUUUCCUGGUGCUGGUGCCUUGUGGAACGCGUGGAAAUCAAAGGAAUAAGUCCGAACAACUUUGCAAGCGGCUGGACGAGUAUCGUGAAAAGCGAAAUAAAGAUGCCAAAUUCAUCAUAUUGAGUCUGCGGCAACAGCAUGGAUCCAUGGGCUAUUCGAGUGAGCGUAACGAGAACAUAUUGGAGUUGUGCAGCAUUUCAGAGCAGACGCCACGUUUGAUCAAUGCCUUUGCUCACGGUAAAUUCUUCUAGGCUAUAAGAACUAAUACAACUUCUGUGCUACCCAAUGCAGUGGAUGGCAUCCGGUAACCAAAGAAUCAUAAUCAGCUAUUUAAUUGAAAUCCCUAUGGUAGCAAACGCACAGGCUGCAUCAGCUGAUGCUUGUCACUGGAAAUAAGUUCACCGUAGAAGUGACAGCAAGCUAUCUAGUGCUCUCUAUACUUCCAUCUCUUUCAAUUUGCAUCUCUCUAACACACCAGUGCACAUCGCACACAUUCACACAUGACACGUAAAUCUAGCAAGAUAUGACUAGACAUAGCAUCCAUUGUUUCAUGUGCGAGUUUUUCACGUACAUCUCUGAUGCUUAUUAAUUAUAUAAAAUAUUUACAUGCAUACCUUAAAUAGCUCUUAAGCUACACACACAGCAGACACACAUAAACAGGCACAUACACACACACACACACACACACACACACACACACACAAACACAUACACAUAUAUACACUUAUGAGUAUAUUAAGAGUAUACAUAUAUACUUUCACUCUAUACAACGCUAAUUUUUGGAACGACUUGUACCACAUAGUUAUACAUACUUGCAUUAAAUUGGUAAUUAGGCGUAGUUAAAGAAUUUAAUUGAUAAUUUAAUUUCGAAAACGAAUGAACUGAAUCUAAAUCUAAAUUUAAUUUGGAUUAAAAACACAAUUCAAGUGAAUCUGAGCAAAGCGAGAGAAAAAAAAAAAAAAACACAAACAAAUUGCCUUACAAACAAAAUGUUAGUCAAUCUUUAAUUUUAACUAAACAUACAUAUUAAAUACAAGGAAUUUCUUCGUAAAAGUACUGAAACAAUAUUAAAAAAACAAAAUGGAAAAAAGCAAAAACGAAACCGAAAAGCAAAAGAAAGCAUUUAGAUAAAAUUUUCAAACAAAACAUAACUAAAUGAAAAAAAUAGUCCAAACUAACAAAUAAGUUAAAAGCCCACGAACAAGCUAAGCAGCAAAUGCAAUAUGAAAUAUUGUUAUAAAUUGAUCUUGUUUUGAACAUAUUUAAAGAACAACAAAAAAGCAACUGCCCAAAAUACUGUGAAAUUUUAUGUAACUAAAAAGCAAAAUCGAAUAUGAACUAACAACAAAUAUGAGGAAUCGAAGGCUUAGACACAAAUUUAUACAGCUAAGAACUCCUAAUGUGCCAUACACACACAGUCACACACACGCACACGUACAGACAUAUAUAUAUAUAGAAUCACACACACACACAUAAAGCCUAAACAUAACUGAACAAUAAUUACAGCAAAGACACAAGAGAUUCGAGUAAUUUUUAUUGAAUACAUUUAAAUUUGUAUACAAAAAUACUGAACAAAAAGCCAAUCAAACAAAUACAAUUUGGAAGCUUAGCAAAAAGUAUUAAAAAAAAAAAAAAAAAAAAAAAAAAACAGGAAUAAGAGAAACAAAUAGCAAUAGAAAAAGGAUUUAUAAAGAAAAGAAGAGAAAAUUAUUGAAACUUUAAAAGAAAAUAAGAAAUAUGUAUUUCUAUGGACACCUUUGACAUGUGUCCACACGCAUCUGUGAAGUAAACCGUUGUGAUCGCUUUGAAAUUUUUAUUUAAAACAAAAACGAAAGACAAACAAAUUAGAUGAAACUCAAGAGAAACUUAAACUAAUAUAGAUUCAAUUAAAUAUAAGUUAAUUCCUUGUGGACUGGAAUGCAAAUCAUUUCGUAAUGACAAGAACAAACACAAAAACAAAAAGCAAGAUAAAUAAGUGAAACAAAACUUAAACCAGAGUGUUACCAAAAAAAUAAAUAAAAGCGUACCUAGACUCAGAAUUCAAAAGCAACAAAUGAAAUUUGAAUACUAAAACAAAGACAAACUCACUCACUGGCACGAUACUACAGCAAGAAACAGUUAAACAAACACAGACACAGACACAGCACAGACAAACACAAACAAACAAACACGAAAUACACACACAUACACAUAUAUAAUAUGUAUUCAAGUAGUAUUAAAUAACUAAUGUAAUGUUGUAUUCCGUAUUGUAUAUAUCUAUAGUUGAAGUCAUAAACCAUAUGAUUUGAUUUGUUAAGAACUACGCCAACUCAAACAAAACAGUAUCAAAAGGAAGCUAAAGAUCAGCUGAAUGAUCUAAAACAAAAACAAAAAACGAAAUGUUUUGAAACCUACAGACAAACCUAUAAAUCCGCAUUAGCAACAAGAAGCAAAACUUUAUGUGAUAUCUAUUUGAAAAAUAAGCAAAACCGUAAACCCAAUUCAAAAAAAAAAAAAAAUAUAUAUUUAAAAUAUAGACAUAACAAAAACAAAACGAAAAUGAACGACAAGAGAAACCAAAACAUAUAGGAAAAUUUUGUAAACUUUCAGCAAAUGAAUCCAAAAAACAAAAAACAAAAGCAAAAGCGAAACGAACGAAACGAAAUAUAUAAACAAAUUGCACCUUAUCUGUAUCUAUCCUAAGUUUAGGCCCUAAUGAAUGUAUUUUACAUGUAUUUGCCACUUUGUCAUUUUAUUCUGUUAACCGAGUACUUAGCAUACGUAAAAUGUCUAAUGUUAUAAUGUUUUAGUUAGCACUAAAUACAGUUAAGUACAUAUAUAUGUAUGUAUGUAUAUACGUAUGCAGAUAUGUAUAUAUAUAUACAUAGUUAACGCCAAUUUAUUGAUUGAAGCAAUAUCCGAUACGAUACGAUACUAUAUACUCACUAAUUUAAAUACUAAAAUACAAUAGGCUUAAUGACGAUUCAUUCAAAAUGUAUCUAUCUAUCUAUCUAACUACAUAUGCAUAUGUAUCUAUCUAGAAGAACUUGACGGCAAUAUGACGACGCCUUAGUAUUAUAUAUUUCGAUGUAUUCCUUUCUUUUGAAUUUAUCUAUAUAAUUUCUACUCUCGUUUUUUA